AUGAUUGAGCUACGCGCCCGAAAUGCAAGAAACAACGGCGAGCACCGCACUCGACGGGAGAGAACGAAAGGCGCCGAAAAGGUGAUAAUCGAAAGGAAGUUGAAGCCUGGUGAUAAUCUCAACAAAAUAUCUCUGCAGUAUUCGGUUUCGAUUUCGGAUUUAAAACGAGCCAAUAACAUUGUUUCGGAGCAAGAUAUCUACGCACUGCCGUUCAUCAAAAUUCCUGUGAGCAGAUUACGAGUCGACUUAGAUUCUGCACAGCAAAACGAGAACGAUUCUUAUACCGGUGAGCCGGUGAUAAUCGAAAGGAAGUUGAAGCCUGGUGAUAAUCUCAACAAAAUAUCUCUGCAGUAUUCGGUUUCGGUUUCGGAUUUAAAACGAGCCAAUAACAUUGUUUCGGAGCAAGAUAUCUACGCAUUGCCGUCCAUCAAAAUUCCUGUGAGCAGAUUACGAGUCGACUUAGAUUCUGAACAGCAAAACGAGGACGAUUCUUGUACCGGUGAGCCGGUUCCGGAAGAAUUUGCCGAUGACAGGCCUCUUCUUGGUAGCGGCAAUCAUUCGGACAAAAGUGUAGACGAGUUGUUCGAAAAGACAGAUGCCACAAUAGCCCAGGUGCGAAACAAUUUACCCGUUGAUACCGUCGAUGGUGCUUUUCAUUUCGUGGAUGCGAGCUCUCCGGACACUACAUUCAGGGGACUUUGGCUUGUACUGCCUCUUCUUGCUAGUGGCAAUCAUUCGGACAAAAGUGUAGAUGAGUUGUUCGAGAAAACAGAUGCCACAAUAGCCCAGGUGCGAAGCAAUUUACCCGUUGAUACCGUCGAUGGUGCUUUUCAUUUCGUGGAUGCGAGCUCUCCGGACACUACGUUCAGGGGACUUUGGCUUGUGCUGUUCUUCGUUAUUUUUCUUUUUAUAUUUGUGCCACUGUUGCUGACAUUUGUGGAGGAAGAGCAAACGGAGGAACAUGUUGCCAAGAAAAUCUCCUAA